AUGUCCUCCAGCCGAACAGCGAAGGGAGGCUUCUAUGCAGUGCGCCAAGGUAGAAUUCCUGGAGUAUACACAACAUGGACCGAGUGUGAAGCACAGAUAAAAGGUUUUCCAAAUGCAAAAUAUAAGAAAUUCCCGAAUCAAAAUCUCGCGCAAGACUUCGUGGCCGGGAUUGAGUCCACGGGUCCAGCGAGUUCAUCCACUAACACAAGUGAGGAUGUUAAAGGAAAGAAACGUAUCUUUUCCGAAGUUGAAGACGAAUCUGGGUGGAGUGUGGUAUACAGCGAUGGUGCCUGCAAAGGGAACGGAAAAGUCGGCUCUGUAGCAGGCGUCGGUGUUUGGUGGGGCCCCAACGAUACAAGGAAUAUUGCUGAGCGAUGCCCAGGAGACCAAACGAACAACCGAGCAGAGCUGAUAGCUAUUCUCCGUGUUUUUGAAACCACACCAGUUAGCAAAACACCAUUAAUAAUCAAGACAGAUUCACAAUAUUCCAUAAAUUGCUUUCAGCACUGGGUCAAAAAAUGGGUUGGAAAGGGCUGGAAAACUGCUUCGGGCGAGCCCGUCAAGAACGCAGGCAUCAUACGAUGCAUUGCCAAACACUUCGAGAUACGAGCCAAAAGUGGUCAAAAGCUCUCGCUUCAGUAUGUCAAAGGUCAUAGCGGCGAUGUUGGCAAUGACGGUGCCGACGCUAUGGCAAACCAGGGAGCAUGUCUGCCUGCUGUUCCAGAGCGAAACUGGGAUGCUCUUCACACAGAACUGGAUCAGGUACUCGGUAAGAGUGUUCUUGCAAACGAAGCCAAUGUUUCGCCUGUCGAGAUACAAGGGCCAGAAGGUGUCGUUGAGGCACUUGAUUUGCCCACCAAAGUGCGGAAGGUCACGACAGUUCUAGAUGCGAAAGCUUUGAACUCCCAGCCCAUAUCGAAGACUGAGCACAAGAACGCAGCCACUGGUGCAUGCGCUCCGACGUCAGCGCCUAAGCCGGUGCCAUCUGGCAAGCAACCACCCCCCAAGCCCCCAGCCCAGGCAAGUCUACAGCAAUUACCCGACAGAAAUUCGGUGCCUUACAACUGGCCUAAAUCACAAUUGAAGGUUUUGUGUGCUGUGUCGCCAUUGGUUCCAGUUCGCACCGAAGAAGUUAACGUGGAUGAUUACGCUGACUGUCUCCUUGAUGAUGCCGACCUCGCAGACGAGUUGUCAGAUUGA